GCGUCUGUCUCUUUCUUUCCCUUAUUGCUCAUUAGAUGAUUGCUAGUUACCUGCCACCCUUCAUGCACUAUAAAUGCUCAGGCGCAUAGUCAGUCCCUGUGCCCAACACUGCAACCGUAUCAGUUGGCUUUACAACGCGAAGCAGACAACAUGAAUUGGAAUAGAAAAUAUAGUCCUGGAGAGAACUGGAGAAUUAAGACCAGUAUGCCUUCCGAGAUUGAGAAGGACCCCGCCCUCCACAAAUACUGGCAUAAGAGGCACUCUCUCUUCCACAGGUUCGACGAGGGCAUCAGGUUGGACCGCGAGAGCUGGUUCAGCGUCACACCAGAGGUUGUGGCGCGCCACAUAGCAGAGAAACAUACCUAUGACGUAGUCUUGGACGCGUUCUGCGGUGCCGGCGGGAACACGAUCCAAUUUGCGAAGACCUGCAACAAAGUCAUUGCCAUUGAUAUCGACCCCAAUAAAAUUGAGAUGGCGAUACACAAUGCGAAGGUAUACGGGGUCGAAGAUAAGAUAGAGUUUAUUGUCGGCGACUUCUUCAAGUUGGCGCCGGAUCUCAAGGCUGACAUGGUCUUCCUCAGUCCGCCAUGGGGAGGCCCGUCGUAUUCCAAGGCGAAGGAGUACGACGUUGAGUCGAUGCUGAGGCCGAGACCGGCGUCAGAGCUGAUGCGAGUGGCGCGGACGAUAUCGCCCAAUGUGGAGUUAUUCCUCCCUAGGAAUACCAGGCGCGACCAAAUUGUGUCUUUGGCGCGUAAGGGGGUGGAGAUAGAAAAAAAUUAUAUAGGGAGAGGCCUCGUGGGCAUAACGGCAUACUAUUUUUGAAAUCUUAGAUUUUAGAAGUAGUAUGUCCUUAACAGUUCCCACCUGGACUUUGGGCCUCCUCCACACAAGAACAGUUUUCCUUAAUGUCCUCGCUUGGCAGGCGGGGUAGAGAUCUAUCUCAAGAUCUGGUUCAUCAGAGAGCGCUGCCCUUAGUCGAGUCUCGCUACACCCGCGGGAAGAGUGACUAAUGUAUUGUUGUAAAUACGCAACGAAUGAGUUAUUCUAAAUCUGUGAUAUUCUGUGAUAUUUUUUUAUUAUUAAUUAAUUUAUAAAUAAAAGCAAAGAUUUACUUAAUUA